CAAGAAACCAUGGCUCGCGGCAACCAGCGCGAAAAAGCCCGCGAAAAGAACCUCAAGGAGCAAGCUGGCAAGGUACGUCGCGUCCGCUUUUCACCGCUGUCGCUGAUCCCUACCGCCACGCCCCCGUACCCGACUUCUUCAUCAUUGAUAUCACUGAGUGAUUCGCUGACUGAGCGCUUUCCAGAAAAAUAAGAACAGCUUGUCCGGCACCGAAUUCGCCAAAGCCAAGGAGGACACUGCGGCCAUUAUGCGCGCCAAACAGGCUGCUGGUAAGUCCUCAGGAUUCCAUUUUCUACGUCCCUGGAGCGGAUGCAGAUCUUCCCUUGACUGGGAUAAAUGCAUAAAUGUACGGCUGGAUGUUGAUGUAUGCGCUGACACGUGGUUGUACGAGAAAAGCCGAUGCGAAGAAGGCCGAAGCUGGCAAGAAGAAAUAAAGGCUCGCGCUCGAGCGAUUUCCCGAUUCCGAG